AAAAUCAUAACUAUAUUAGUUUUGAGGGCAUUUUGGUAAGAGGAACUAAAUUUUGCUGUUGGCCAAGAAAGAAAGUACUCUUGUACGAAUUCUUACCGGUUCAAUAUAUCUCCGGCGAGUCUCUCUCGAGUGUAAAAUUUUCACUUCUUGAUUAGACCUACAGUCUCUCCAAUUCUUCUUCUUCAAUUCAAUUUUAUUCAGAUGGUUCUGUUUUGAUUAUGAGAAAACAAACACAUGGGAACUCAGAAUAUUAUGUGGAAUUAUUCAAAGAGGAUUUUCACAUUUGGGCUCAUAGGAAUCACCAUUUCUGAUAGAUAUGCAAGUGUUGCUGCCGUUCGGGGUUCUUCUAUGUCUCCCACAUUUAAUUCCAGCUCUGAUACUUUGCUGGAUGACUAUGUCUUGGUGGAGAAAUUUUGUCUAGAGAAGUACAAAUUUUCACAUGGUGAUGUAGUUGUUUUCAGCUCCCCACAGAAUCACAAGGAGAGGCACAUAAAGAGAAUAAUUGGCUUGCCUGGAGAUUGGGUUGGGCUUCGUCAUUCAUCAGAUGUCAUCAAAAUUCCACAAGGACACUGUUGGGUUGAAGGAGACAAUCCUAGUUCCAGCAUGGAUUCAAAUUCUUUUGGCCCGGUUCCUCUAGGUUUAGUUCAAGGAAGGGCGAGUCACAUUGUGUGGCCUCCUCAGAGACUAGGUGCUGUGGAGAGAAAAGUGCCUGAAGGGAGACUAUCUUCUUCCUAGCUGGAUUUUUUAUUUUUCAGUCAAAGGUCCCUUUUUUUCUCAUGGGAAACAAAUUUCACCACUACACUAUUGACUAUUGAGAAUCCUUAUACCUCAUGUAUGUUUUGGGGAUUGAAAUUCUCUGUCCCAUUUAUUACAUGUAUUUUGGCCAAGUUUCAAUUCUUUUGUUGAGUCAUUUACUUUUGCAAAAUUAAAUGUUUUAAUCUUCAAAAGAAAAUGAUUGGGAAAGAAAAUAAAGAAUGUUAAUUUAAUAAUUUGUAACAA